UUAAUUGCUCCUUUUGAGUUUUCAAGACACUCGAGAUUAAAGGGGAGAAAUCAGAAAAUAAAAAUAAAAAUAGCUGAAUAAAAAAUCAAGUCGCAAAAGUGAAACGUAAUAUAAUUGGGUAGGGUUGAGCCCCUGUCAGGUGUGCUAACCCCCCAUGUGGCUUCACCAGUCACCACUGUGCAUAGCCCAUCAAACCAAGGCAUUAUAGAGCGUUUGGUCACGUAAGAAUCCACCAACAACUCACGACACAUAUAACACAAUUAUAUUCUAUAUUAAUUAAUAGAGUUUUAUAUCAAAUUAUCAGGGUCGUAACCUAAAUAUACGCCUGAAUAUAAAUUUCCUCAUUAUCUUGCAUGGAGGUAAAAUUGAAUUAAAUUACAAUUUAAUGUUAUGCCGUUGAUCCUAAUGUGUAUUUUUCUUUCCAUAACAGGGGGCCACAUCUACGUACCAACAAAUUCAAAAUCUUAAAAAUGUAAUUUUGCGGAAGUUGGAGAAUUACUUGGGGGGCAAAUCAAGAAAUAUAAUUUCUCAGUACUUGUUUAUGGUGGCUGCGGGAAAUAACGACCACAGUUUACGGUACCUUACCGAUCCUGGCAAAGAUUGGACGCCUUUUACUGCAGAGCUUAUUAAUGCUUAUAUUAAUCACCUCAAGACGUUAUACGAUUUGGGAGCUAGGAAAAUGUUGUUGGUAUCAGUAUAUCCAGUUGGGUGUAAUCCUGUUUUAUUACAAUUCUUAAACAAAACAACUUGCGUAGAUGAACUUAAUUCAGCAGUUAUGGGUUUCCGUGAGCAGUUACUUCGUGUGGUUAAAAGGAAAGCAGAGCUCGGCAUGCCUUUGGCUAAAUUUUCUGUACUCAAUUCUGCCAAAAUUCUCUUAGACGUGAUUAAUAAUCCACAACCAACAGGUAUGAGGUAUGUGCGUGGUAUGUGUUGUGAAUUAGCCCCUGGAUCAGGUAGUUGCGCAAGAAACGGUAGACUAUGCAAAAACAGACAAGAAUACUUGUUCAUGGAUGGUGUACAUUUAACUUCAGCUGGUAGUGCAAUCUUGGCUGACAAAGCUUAUAAUUCCAAGGAUGCUUACCCAAUUAAUCUUAAGGAACUUUACUUGAGCUUUUACAAGUUCUAA